AAUACAUAUAAUAUAGACGUCGCUCAAGACUCUUAAGCACUAUCUUCGAAAUCUCAUCUCUUCAAAUCCAAACUCUACAGGAUGGACAAAGAUAUACGGCAACGUUUUCAACAAGUAGAGAACGACCUAAUUGAUUCGAUCCCGCGCGGCGAUGACUCCCUAAUGUCAUUCAAGUCAUCUUGGAAUUCUCUGUACGCAGAUUAUUCCAGUUGUGUAUCGGCAGGAGAACUAUCCGAUGACACUAUAUUUAUUGCAAAAUCGGUAGCUUCGAGGGUCGCUAUCAUUGCGAACUGUUUCUUUGACUUGCACAAAACACACAACAAAUUACGGCACCAACUUCUUGAUGGUAUGGAGAACGUUUUAGAUGGCCUCAGCCGUGUCAAUAUAUCAUCUCCAUCAAUGUCCACAGCACAAAAUGCACCCUCCUCAGAAUCUUCGCUACCCCCGUUCAUCGAACCAGCAUACAAAUGGCUGCUUGCUAAUAUUCACAACCCUUACCCGUCUUCUGAUACGAAAGCAACUAUUGCCAGCAGCUCUGGAUGUUCCAUGAGCUCCGUUGCUGCCUGGUUCACCAGUGCUCGCCGUCGCAUCGGCUGGACGACUAUUUGCCGCAAAUACUUUAAUAACUGCCGAGCUGACACUAUUGAUGCUGCUUCUUGUGCUCUGGUCAAAGAAGACCCUUCCCGUGUACUUGCACCUGUCAUCUCCCAUGACUUUCAGCAGAUGAAAGCUGCUACACACGAUCUUUAUGCCUCUACUUUCACCAAAAGCGCGCUUGCAGGUGACCUUGAUGCAGUGGUCAAGGAUAUGACAGAGGAAGACAGAUUGUCAUUGGAACAGGAAAAGAAGGAGCGCACACAAGAGGAAAAGAAACGACGUGAGGAAGAGAAGGAGAUGCGGAGAAUUCAAAGGGCGCUUGAUAGGCAGGCCCAGAAGGCGCGCACAGCUUUCGCUUCGUAUCCAUCUCCCGGGCACUCGCGCUCUCCAUCUCCCAUUCCCACUCUCGAGGAGUUGCGGACAGAUGAGAGUGAAGACGAAGAUGAUUUCAUUCCACCCGUUCUCGCUGGUCGGAAGCGGCGUGUCUCUGUAUCGUCCGAAUCUACUGAUCAUACGCAAUCUUCAUGUGCCGAUCGUCCGAUGAAACGCCUUCGGUCUAAUGCGAAGGUUUUGACCCCCUUUGCGGAUGCUUCCGCCUUGCCAUCCCCCCCAUCAAGUAGUGGUGGAUUGGAUGGUAAUGACGAGGUCCAAAUUAUUGCCCCUCAGUCAUCCUCAGGGUCUUCACGAAAGCGACGGCUAUCAGACGCUGAUGCUCACGCUGUGCCCAAGCGUCCGAGAGACCUCCAUGUUGGACCACGCAUUCAUGCCGUGUCUGACCCUCUUCCCAAAGCAUCCAUUGCACUCGAGUCAAACAUCAACGACUGGUUCCAGACGAAUUUCUUUGAGAUUCCUGGCCCAGUCGAGAACGUCGGUUUCGACCAGUUUGCCCCUGUUGACAUUAAAAUCUUCAACGGAUACACGUUCCCUGACACACAAAUAAAUUCCAUUGAACAACCCUUUCAACUAAAAUACACCCAGCCUGCCUUGGUAGACUUUACACCAAAAUUGGCCAAUUUGGAAGUUCACUCCCACGUUUCCGCUCCUACACCUGAUCUAGGUGAUCUCGACAAUUUCCAUUUUUUCAACGCGAUAUCUGCAAUCCCUCCCAAUUAUUCUGGCGAGGUAGUUCAAGCAUCUACGGCAAUCGACACCACCUUCCAGCCACCAGUAGACCUUGUCAAUCAUAUACCUUCGGACCCUUUCAGCUGGACGGAUCUCUUGAACUCUGAGCAACCCUUCCUGUCCGACAUUCACCAAUUCUCGCUGCCAUCGUCUUUCGAUGACUUCUCACAACUAUUACCAGAGAUCGAUCUCUCCGCGCUUCAGCUACCCCCGUCGUCAUAUGCUCCUCCACAACCUCGGCCUCCCUCACCUGCUGAUGGUGCUCGUCUGGCAAAGCUAGAGCAACUCCAGCUUCUAAGGGAACAAACGCGUAUACUGGAGCAGGAUCUAGCAGUGUCUGUAUGAUCAUCGAAAUACUCGCUUCGCUUAUGCUGUCCGUAUAGGUUAUGCGGCAUAUCAAGAUAUAUGUAACAUUAUUCAUAUCGUAUCUCUGCUCAUCAUCGUGCACAUUGCAUAAUAUACCCUGCAUCAUGCAUCGUACGACGCUUAUUCCGCAUCUAUCUUGUUACUCACUUGUUACAUUUUAUUUCCCAUCGAUUUACAAUCGCUCUGAAUGUACCGGAAUCAAACAAAAGAAACC